AAGAUGCCGGCUGUCAAAGGUGAUGGCAUGCGUGGACUCGCCGUCUUCAUCAGCGACAUCCGAAACUGCAAGAGUAAGGAGGCCGAGCUGAAACGGAUCAACAAAGAAUUGGCCAAUAUUCGAUCCAAGUUUAAAGGCGAUAAAACCCUAGAUGGAUACCAAAAGAAGAAGUAUGUGUGCAAGUUGCUAUUCAUUUUCCUGCUAGGAAAUGACAUUGACUUUGGUCACAUGGAAGCCGUCAAUCUGCUUUCUUCAAAUAAGUAUACCGAAAAACAGAUUGGAUAUCUGUUCAUCUCGGUGCUCAUUGAGCAACAAUCAGACCUCAUGAAGCUGAUUGUGCAGGGAAUCCGCAACGACUUGACUUCCCGCAACCCAGUGCACGUCAAUCUUGCUCUUCAAUGCAUCUCAAACAUGGGAUCACGCGAAAUGGUUGAGGCAUUUUGCACCGACUUGCCCAAGCUUCUGGUCUCCGGAGAAACCAUUGAUUUUGUGAAGCAGUCUGCUGCAUUGUGCAUCCUCAAGCUGUUCCGCAACUCGCCGGAUUCAUUCCAGCCGGGAGAUUAUGCCAGUAGAAUUGUGCAUUUGCUCAAUGACUCUCACAUGGGUGUCGUCACAUCCGCUGCUUCUCUCAUUGAAGCUCUUUCCAAGAAGUGGCCAGAAGAGUACAAGGGAGCCGUCCCAUUGGCAAUUUCCCGUUUGAGCAGAAUAGUGACUGCGACCUACACGGAUCUCCAAGACUACACGUACUACUUUGUUCCGGCUCCAUGGCUCUGUGUCAAGCUGCUCCGUCUCCUGCAAAAUUAUCCACCACCAGAUGACCCGUCAAACAAGGCUCGUCUUCUUGAAUGCUUGGAAGGAAUUUUGAAUAAAGCCCAAGAUGCACCAAAGUCAAAGAAAGUGCAACAUUCCAAUGCAAAAAAUGCCGUGCUUUUCGAAGCGAUUGCUCUUAUCAUUCAUAUGGAUUCAGAGCCACAACUUCUUGUCCGUGCGUGCAAUCAACUUGGAACAUUCCUUUCUCACCGGGAAACCAAUUUGAGAUACCUUGCAUUAGAAUCAAUGUGCCUUCUUGCCACAUCUGAGUUCUCUCAUGAUGCUGUGAAAAAACAUCAAGACACUAUCAUUAAUAGCUUGAAGACUGAAAGAGAUGUAUCAGUUCGUCAACGAGCUGUUGAUCUUCUCUACGCAAUGUGUGACCGAUCAAAUGCUAAUCAAAUUGUAGCUGAAAUGCUUGCGUACUUGGAAACAGCUGAUUACUCGAUUCGUGAGGAGAUGGUCCUUAAAGUUGCUAUUCUUGCUGAAAAAUAUGCUACUGACUACACUUGGUACGUGGACGUCAUCCUUAAGCUGAUUCGUAUUGCUGGUGAUUACGUCAGCGAGGAAGUUUGGUAUCGUGUCAUCCAGAUUGUCGUCAACCGAGAGGACGUUCAAGGAUACGCAGCAAAGACUGUAUUCGAGGCUCUUCAACGCCCGGCUUGUCAUGAAAACAUGGUGAAAGUCGGAGGUUAUAUUCUUGGAGAAUUUGGAAACUUUAUUGCCGGAGAUGAACGUUCUACAGCAAAGAUUCAGUUUGAAUUAUUGCACUCAAAAUUCCACUUAUGCAGUAUUACAACACGCUGUCUAUUGCUCACCACAUAUAUUAAAUUCUGCAAUUUGUUCCCAGAAAUCAAGCCUCUUGUGCAACAAGUCUUCCAAACAGAUCAUAAUUUGAGGAAUCCUGACGCAGAAUUGCAGCAAAGAUCUAUUGAAUAUCUCCAAAUGACAAAGCUUGCAUCUAAUGAUGUGCUUGCUACGAUUCUCGAAGUGAUGCCAGCGUUUGCUGAAAAGGAAAGCAGUCUUCUAGCUAAGCUGAAAAAGAGUAAGCCACAACUGGAAGAAAUUGAGCGUGAGGAGAAGGAGAAACGGUCCAAACCAACUGCAGUAAUGAGCGAAGGAUCAACAUCUCUUGUGGACUUUGAUUCUACCAAUGACACUACUGCAUCGCUAGCCGACGUUUUCGCUAACAACUCUGGAACCGGUCUUGGAGCACAAGGUGAUGAAGUCGAGAUUGCCAACAAGGAUGACUACUUGAAGUUUGUCACGAAAAGUAACGCAAUUUUGUGGGAGGACGAUUACAUUCAAAUUGGCUGUAAAUUGGAGACGCGCAAUAACUUGGGCCGACUGGGAAUGUUCUAUGGAAAUAAGACGUCGCAACCAUUUAAUAAGUUCACCCCAAUCAUCACGUGCCCUGGAGCACUAGCAGUUCAACUACAAGCUCAGGCAAAACCAGUGGAGCCGGUGGUUGCAGCUGGAACUCAAGUUCAGCAAUUGAUUAAUUUUGUCUGUGUUCAAGAGUUCCAGAAGAUGCCAAUUAUGAACAUAAAGUUUACAUUCACAGAUCGUGCGGGUGCUGUUCAAAACUUUGAUAAAAACUUCUACCUUCCACUCUUCAUCAGCAAAUUCUUCGAGCCCACAAACAUGACAUCCGAGCAAUUUUUCACUAGAUGGAAGUCACUUGGUGCAGCGUCACAGGAAGCACAGAAGAUUUUCAACGCACUGUCACCGAUUGAGCACGCAACUAUUGAAUCAAGACUGAAAGGAUUUGGAGCAAACUUACUGACUGACGUGGAUCCAAAUCCCGACAAUUAUGUGUGCGCUGGAAUCAUUCAUACCCAGACGCAACAGAUUGGAACUCUUAUUCGUUUGGAGCCAAACAAGCAAGCAAAGAUGUACCGCCUUACAAUCCGUUCCAGCAAGGACACUGUUGUGCAGACAUUGGUAGACUUAUUGGGCAACCAAUUUUAAGCUAAUAUUUGCUGCCGAUCCACCCGUGCCAUCUCUCCACUUUUACAUUUUUAUUGUUUUCCAUUAAAACAAUGCUCUGUGUCUUACAGUCACUUAUAAUUUCCCGAUAAUGUUUCAAAUUCCCUCUCCUUUACUCUUCAUCAUUUUUCUAGUUUGCAUUUUGUAACUUAUAAUUUCUAAUUUAUUUUUAAUAUGAUAUGAUAAGAUUGCUUUUUUUGUUUUUGCAACAUUCCUCAUUCGCAUAAUUUUAUUUUUGCAAAUGUCUAACUUUUAACCAUCAGCAGCCGCUUUGAUUGUUUUUAUUCACCAAUUAUUUCGUGAGAAAUAGUUUCCGAUUUAUGAUGAGAAUGGCGAGAGUUUUUCAGAUUUUUCUCAUCGGAUUAAUCAGAUUUAAAUUAUUUAAGUAAUUUAUUGGUCUUAUAUUUGUCUAAAGUUUUCACUUUGUAGAUUGAAUGAACUAUUAUU